CCAAGUUCAUUCCCAACUCUAAUUGUAUUUCUUCUUUGCAAACUCCAAAGAAUGCCAGUGGGACAUCAGAGCUCAUAGCAACAAACUGAUGGAUAAAGCCCUUGGAAAGGCAAGAAAACCAAGACUCCUUGUUUUCUGUAGACACCUCUUCCACAUCACAAUACUGAAAGUUCCAACAGGACACAAAGAAGUAAAAUGGCUGCCCUCAUUGCUGAAAACUUCCGUUUCCUCUCACUCUUCUUUAAGAGCAAAGAUGUGAUGAUUUUCAAUGGCCUAGUAGCCCUGGGCACUGUUGGAAGCCAAGAACUUUUCUCUGUGGUCGCUUUCCAUUGCCCAUGCUCUCCAGCCAGGAAUUAUAUCUACGGUCUGGCGGCCAUAGGUGUACCAGCCCUGGCCUUGUUCGUCAUUGGUGUCAUCUGGAACAAUCACACUUGGAACCUGGUAGCUGAGUGCCACAAACGGGGGACCAAGAACUUUUCAGCUGCAGCCAACUUCUUGAUCUUCAGCUCUGUCAUGGGACGGGCAGCAGUAGCUCCUAUCACAUGGUCGGUGAUCUCACUGCUUCGUGGAGAGGCCUAUGUCUGUGCCUUGAGUGAAUUCAUGGAUCCUGCCUCCAUCAGUAAAUUUCCACCUGGCUAUGGACCAGAAACAAUGGCCAGGUUUCCUUGUAACGAUGUGCCGGGCAACAUGACAAGAUUUAAAGAUGAGGUUAUAAGACAAUUAAAAUAUGAGUCUCAGCUGUUUGGGUGGAUGCUCAUUGGAGCAGUUGCAGUUCUUCUGUUCAUCACAAAGUGCCUGAAACAUUGCUGCUCACCACUCAGCUACCGACAGGAGGCUUACUGGAAUCAAUAUCGCUCCAACGAGGCCAGGCUCUUCCAACGCACUGCUGAGAUACACUCCAAGGUCAUAGCUGCCAACAAUGUUAAAAACUUCUUUGGCUUUGUGCACUUAGAUAAGGAGGAGGAGGAGUUGGUACAGAAGUUCCCUGUGGCGAAUGUCCAGCCCAGGUCACAAUGGGAUGCCAUUACUGGAGUCUAUAUCUAUCGGGAGAAUAUGGGCUUCCCCCUCUACAGCCGUCUCCAUAAAUGGGCUAAAAAACUGACUGGAAACAACUUAGGUCCUGAAAGCCAGGAAACAGCCUUCCUAGCUACCUAAGCUAAUGGAGGCUGCAAUUCUUUCCUCAAUAGGACUUGCAGCACAAAUCUGUGCACGUUUACCCAUAAGUAAAUGUCCCAAACUCUUGGUAUCUCCAUGCUGUAAGUUAGCUCCAUUUUAUCUAUUGACCAAACUCUUGACAAACAUAUGGCUGAUGGAUUUGAUGUGAAUUAUCAUCCUAGUGACACAGAUGGACUACAUCUCAGACCAAGAGCUGAAGGGUGAAGAAAGACCAAUUUUAAGAGUGUUAAACUGAGGAGCUCUUAUCUAAAAUAGGAUCACAGGUUUGCUGCACAGACAGAGGGAACACUAAUAAAUCUAGAGAAGGCAGGUGAAAGAGAAGAACAGGUCUUGCUGGUCUGAUACACAGAUGCCUCCCACCAGUAUAUUUCCAUGCAGAAGAGAAAGCAGAAGAUGACCUGGGUGCUGCUCCUCCCAAUAAAAGAUGCUAGUGUUUUCCCUCCACAUUUUUGAGACAACAAAAUGCUACCCAGCAGCCUUACUGUUGCCACAACCUUACCUUAUGCUUCUUUGGCAUUCUCCCUUCAUAAUAGCACAAAAAAUCCUAUAUCUCAGGAACUUACUUCUCUGCCUUCCACUGGGAUUCAGGUGAAGGAUAGAUGGGACUGGCCACAUUCUGCUUCUGCAAGUGGCAGCUGGUCUGCUAUUUCUCCACAGGAUUUUUUUUUUAA